AUGAAAAUUGAUCACAUUGGUGUGUACGUAAAGGACUUAAUUGCAUCUAGAGACUUUUAUGUUAAGUACUUCAAUGCAACAUCCAAUGAUGGUUAUCAUAAUCCAAAGACUGGAUUUAGAAGUUACUUUGUUACUCUCGAAAAUGGAUCAAGAAUAGAAUUGAUGAAUCGUGCAGAAAGUGUUGAUCGCAAUGAUAUUGGUGAUGAUAUUGGAUUUGUUUCUUUUGCAAUCAAAAUAUCUGAUCCUGAAAGAAAGAAGCAAAUUGCGGCCAAUUUAAGCAAUGAUGGAUUUAAUGUCGAAAACACAGGAGAUAAUACAAUUGUUUAUGAUCCAAAUGGAUACAAAAUUGAACUUAUUUGUUAA